UCCACCCAGCAGGUAAACUCCACCAUGGCGGCGAGAGGCCAUGUGCAAGAUCCCAACGACAGGAGACUCAGACCCAUUUACGAUUACCUUGAUAAUGGCAACAAUAAAAUGGCAAUACAGCAGGCGGAUAAACUGCUGAAGAAACACAAGGACCUGCACUGCGCUAAGGUCCUAAAGGCCAUUGGCCUUCAGAGAACCGGCAAGCAGGAUGAGGCUUUCACUUUAGCACAAGAGGUGGCCACUCUAGAGCCCACUGAUGACAACUCACUGCAGGCUCUGACUAUACUGUACAGAGAGAUGCAUCGCCCGGAGUUGGUCACCAAGCUGUAUGAAGCUGCAGUGAAGAAGGUCCCACUCAGUGAGGAGUAUCACUCUCACCUCUUCAUGGCAUAUGCUCGUGUUGGGGAGUACAAGAAAAUGCAGCAGGCAGGAAUGGCUUUGUAUAAAAUCGUCCCCAAGAAUCCUUAUUACUUCUGGUCUGUCAUGAGUCUAGUGAUGCAGGCCAUCUCCGCACAAGAUGAAAAACUGGCUCAGAUAAUGUUCCUGCCUUUGGCUGAGCGCAUGGUGGAGAAAAUGGUUAAAGAGGAGAAGAUUGAAGCAGAAGCUGAGGUGCAGCUCUAUUUUAUGAUCCUGGAGCGUUUGGGGAAAUGUGUAGAAGCUCUUGAAGUGAUCAGGGGGCCACUUGGGGAGAAGCUGACCAGUGAGCUGCAGAGCAGAGAAACCAAGUGUAUGAUGCUGUAUCAGAGACUACAACGGUGGCCAGAGUGUAAUGCCUUGGCCCACAAGCUGCUCCUCAAAAAUCCCGAUGAUUGGCAGUUCUAUCCCUCCUACUUUGACUCUCUCUUUCACCUCAUUGACCAGUCGUGGAGUCCGCCAGAAGAAGGCGAACAUUGUUCGGAGGGCGCUGUACAUUACACUGUGGCUGAAGUGGUGAGGUUCGUUGAAGAGAGAAUUAAGGCGGAGGAUGGCAAAGAGUCUCGUUUACUCAGAGGGCCAUAUUUAGCUCGACUUGAAUUAAUACAUCGACUGAGAGAACGAGGCUGUCCAGAGGAAAGUCUCCUAGGUGAUCCUUUAGAGCUAAUGGAACAGUUCUUUGGGAAGUUUGGAGACAAACCCUGCUGCAUCACGGACCUAAAGAUUUACCUACACCUGCUUUCUCCUGAUCAGCAUGUCCAGUUUAUUAAUCGUCUGAGUGAAGCAGUUCCUCUCGGUGAGCAGGGAGAGAAGGGCUUUGCUUUCCCUGAGGAGACCAACGCUCUGCAGAGGCAUCUGUGCGUCUGUCAGCUGAGUCGAGCCCUUGGGCUGCAGCACGCUCUCAGUGUGGAUGGCAAACUGCAGCUCAUCGCAGAGCUGAAGGCUCAUUAUCAUCAUGGGCUCAAGUUUGGGAAGACUGCUCUGAAGACAGAGCUGCAGUUCUCUGAUAUGUAUUGUCUCAUGGCAGCUCAUGUGUACAUUGACUUGUGGACAGAGACUGGGGAUGAGAAUAUGGUGUGGCAGUGUUUGAGUGUCCUCCAGGAGGGUUUGUCUCACAGUCCCUCCAACGCUCAGUUCAAGCUGCUGCUCCUGCUCCUCUACUGUCGCCUGGGAGCCUUUGAGCCUGUAGUGGACCUUUACUCCAGCUUGGAUGCCAAGCAUGUGCAGCACGACACCAUAGGGUUUCUGUUGACACGUUACGCUGAGUCACUGGGUCAGUUUGCAGCAGCUUCCCAGUCCUGCAAUUUCUCCCUCAGGUUUUUCCACUCUAACCAGAAAGAUACCUCAGAGUAUAUUAUCCAAGCGUAUAAGUAUGGUGCAUUUGAGAAAAUCCCAGAAUUCAUCGCUCUCAGGAACAGGCUGAAUCAAUCGCUGCACUUUGCCCAAGUCCGCACUGAGAGGAUGCUGCUGGAUCUGUUCCUCGAGGCUGAUAUUGUUUUGAGCUUGGAUGAAAGUGUGAAGGCCAUGUCUUUAUCUGCAGAGGAGGACGACAUCCCCUGGAGUAAUAUGAGGGAUAACAGAGACCUUACUGUUUUUACCAGCUGGGACCCUAAAGAGAGACAGCUUACUGAGGAGCAUCGCCAUCACUCUGUAGAGGAGGAAUCUGUCUGGCUGAGGAUACGCUCUCUAACACUUCGCAUCCUCGCCUUCUUGGCUGGACACAGACACGCUGCCUCACAUCAGAACUCCGAGGUGGCCAACGAGAACGGCAUUGGAGACAAGACAUCGAUUCUCAGCAGCUUGCUGUCCCAACUCAAUCAGACGCUCCAGACGGCCAAUCAGUUUGUAGAGAAAUGCAUACAAUAUCCAUUCCUGGGACCUCCCUCCACCCGACUGGCCCCAGCUCUGUCCAGCGGAAGCUGCCAGUGUCAGGCUGCAGCACUGCAGCUGUCUGUCCACCUACAGGAGCUGGACACUGUCGGACUAGAUGAGUCGUCAGAGCUUCAAACCCAGAUCUGCAACACUUUCAAAUCAUUAGUAGUACAGCUUCAAGAAAUACUGAAUAAAUCCAAAGGAGAUUUAUUGGAAAUGAAAGACAGCAAAUUGAAAACCUGGCCCUCCCUAUUAGAAAACCUUAUCUUCUUUACUGAGACGGUGUGCAUAGUCUUGUGGAUGGCUAGUUACUGUGCCAAGAUCCUCCGACCACUCAAAUCUAGUCUGCAGAAGAAGAAGAAAAAGAAAAAGGACACAAACACAGCUCUGCCAGUGGUGGUUUGUGGCUUCCAGGAGCUGACGGGGAGCUUGCAGGACCUGCUCACCCAGGCCUUGGACCAUGUAAGGGGGCAAGAGACUGGCAUGACUGCCCUUAAACUAGCCAGUUUAUCCUUGGAAGGACACACACAGGAGGAGGCGUUGUUUAUGAAGGCUGCUAUGGACAAGGUGCAGAGCAGCUACCUGCGCUCACUACAGGAGGUGGGAGACCUGCUCAAGAAGAGAGCAGAAACUAUAAAGAACCUCAAGAUCUGAACAUCAUCACACAGCAACCCUCACCACAUUAAGAUGACUAUACUUCCAUUUAUCCCCCGCCCGCCC